GAAGAGGCCGGGCAAAUGGUCGUCAUCAUCAAUCGGACACCGCUCAUUUGGUCAACACUGCCGAUUGCCCACACGAAAUUCAUGAUGAUUUCAUCCUGGAACACCUAUUUUGUCAUCGGUUUAGAAGAGCAGUUUCAGUACUUUUAAAUCGGGGAUAAUCACAUCGUCGAUGAUGGACGCAUUUGAGGAAGAGCCGUACAACGCGGAAAUGUCCCAGACCUCGGCUAUCAACCUCGUCAAGCUGCAAUAUGAAUAUUUGUGUAAAUACAAAGAGGACCUUGUAAAUAAGAAACAUUCGCCUGAAAUGGUUAACACCUUAAUGACUGGAAGAAUCUUGAAUGCUGAAAGAUUUUUUCUGGCUUACAAAGAACGCUGUUUUGUCGAAUCGAAAGUUGAAUAUUGGCUUCUAGUUGGGCAAAUUUUCAAUUUGAGCCCCAACUUUGUCACGAAAUCUAUCGACGCUCUGUCUAAAGCUGUAAAAUUGGACCCAAAGAGAAUAUCCACAUGGAAUCUUCUCGGCGAGGCCUACUGUAACAAUUCGGAGCAAGUAUUAGCGGAGAAAUGUUUUGAAAAUGCCUUAGAACAGAAAAGGAAUGUUGUGUCUUUACGGAACCUCUCUAUUCUUUCUCGCAAACGUUCGGAGGGUGAUUGUAAAAAACGAAAAGAAAGUGCUGAAAAAGGUAUCGCCCUGGCUAAGGAGGCUGUUAGCCUAAAUCUGAAAGAUGGAACAUCAUGGGGAGUACUGGGAAAUGCGUAUAUAUCAGCUUAUUUCAGUAUCAAGCCAGAUCCUUCUUAUGCAUACAAAGCAAUCUCUGCAUACAAGCAGGCGGAAAAAACCCAAGAAGGAAAAGGAAAUUGUGAUCUAUAUCACAAUAAAUAUGUUGCAUUAAAAUUUGUCGAAGAAUAUUGUGAAGCCUUAGAGGCCGUCUCGAAGGCGUUAGAACUUGCUCCUACCUGGCAGUUAGCUGUAGAUGGUAGAAAUUCCCUAAUGAAAUAUCUCGAUGAUAUUAAUCACUUUAGUGCUACGCAUGGAAAACUAAAGCCAAAGAAAGUUACAGUUUUGAGAAAGAGCAUAUGCAGGAUUGAUCUUGGACCGUACGCUAACAACAGAUCGUAUAAGCCAUGUAACAUUGGAGCACUCCAGCCAGGUCCAAAUCCAAAAUGUGUUAUAUAUGGGAAAGUUACAUGGAAUUUGCAGGUGGAUGAUACAUUCCCAUUCACAUUUGGCUUUUUGGAUAGUAAUGGAGACUCUCUUGUUGUUACGUUAUACAACCUUGCUGAAAGGAAAGGAUUUAUAAUUGGUGAUGCAGUUGCUAUACCGGAUCCUCACCUUACUGUAGUUGAUUUUACCUUCGAUGAUAAGGUAUACCAGUUCCUUAAAGUAAAAGUAAAUUCCCCUGCGAGUGUAAUAUUGAAUGGAAAGCCAACACCUUCAUCAUACAAUGGAGCUAUUGGUUAUGUAAGCUUUGAAACAGUAAACUAGUUUAUAACGUAAUAUUAAGAUUGAAGUACCUGAAACAUUUUAUAUCAUUUUGGAAUGAAAGACUACAUAUUUGUGAUAAAAAUAUUUUUACA